AUGAACGGAAGGGUAAUCAUCGAGCACAACAGUCAGAGUGCGCCUGCAGGAACGCGUGACUUUGCUCAUCAAGUCAUUGCUGAAGCUGUCGCCAAAUAUGGUUCGAUGCACGACUCUCUCAAAGCGAUCGCGGAGAUUGGCAAAUUUGUCCGGGACGCUCUCAACGCCAAACAUGGCUGCUGUGACUGGCAAUGCAGUGCCAGCUUCUCGCGUACUGGAGUCUGCUCGAUCAAUAGCCAAGGCGACAACUACUCACUUCUUGUCCGGGUCGACAACUACAACGUGAUCCUCUGGAAGCAGUAGGCGCUCGCUCUAGACGAUAGAAGGAUGGACAAAGAUGAUGAAUAUAUAGGUGCAAUCUAGACGACUUGAGAUGUGUAAAUAGAAACUUCAAAAAGAUGUAAAUAUUUGUUCUGUUUGU